AUGGACCUGGACUUUGCAUUGACUGAACAGAAACCUGCUGAACCUACAACUACUAGCAUUGCUGAUAAAAAAGCUAAGUUUGAAAAAUGGAUGAAGGCUAACAAGUUGAGUCUUAUGAUCAUGAAAAGAUCCAUUUCUGAUCACAUAAAAGAUGCAAUUAAGGAUAAUGGAAAUACAAAAGAUUUCUUGAGUGCCAUUGGACAGAAAUUCCUAGAAUCUGAUAAAGCUGAGAUAGGUAGCUUGAUUGAUUCCUUGUCUACCAUAAAGUAUGACCUUGUAGGUGGUAUCCGUGAUCAUAUUAUGAAAUUGGUUAACAUUUCUACCAAACUGAACAAUUUAGGUGUAACCAUUACCGAUGAUUUUCUUGUUCACGAAUCUCUAAGGUCCCUUCCUGAGUAG